AUGGCUUCGACGACGACGCCACCUCGCGACCUCGCUCUCUAUAGGUUUCAUAAGCUUGAAACCAACCUCUCGCUAGCCAGCAAGGCAUUGCCUUACCUCGCUAUCUACAGUAUGCCCUCAAACAUGCUCAUCGACGUCCUGCCUGACAUGCUGUUACUGUCCCUACAUGGCACUGCUAGUACCCGUUACGCACGUGACAUGUUCGACUUUUUCGGCAACUGCCGUGAUUGA